AUGGAGAAAGCCAACAUCAGUGAGGAAUACGGCGGAUGUGAUGGUGACUGUUCUCACUCUGAGCUUGAGGAUUUACAUGAUACUAAUUUUGUCAAAGAGGAAAAUACAACACAACUGGAUGAAGGAUCCUUUAGAGGUAUUAUACAUUAAUCAGUAAUUCACCAAUUGGAACUUCUGUUAUGAUGUAUGUAAAAAAAAGUGGAAAUACUAAGAUGAUAGUUAUUUAUAUAUCUAUAUAAAACAUACUGAGUAUACAGAUACUAGUAACUGAUGCAGUAUAGGUGUAGAGCAUUUAAACAAUUACGAAGUAUUCUCAAUAUAAUACUAUAGUGGUGUACCUUUGAGGAUGAGCAUACUUCAGAAAUCUUAUGGGAUAAUUCCUUUGCAUCUAUACCAGUUAUUGGUCUAAGUUUUAUAUUUUUUACUUAAUAAUAUUUGAUCUAUUUGAUCAUGCAGUUUAAGAAAAAAAUAACCUAAAACAUAAGAACAAAAAAGUUCAACUGAUUUGUUGCACAUCUAGUUUAAAGUAUAAAUGAUAACCUUACAUUUCUUUAUUCUCAUUUCAGAUGAAUCCCUUUCAGCAGUGGGUAGUUCACAAGCCUACACAGCCAAUGAAGAAGAGUUGGAAGAUAAAGAAAAUGGCAUGGAGGAUAGAUAUUUGUCAGACACACAGUCCAGCUCUUACUCUGCUGCCCGGGAGCUGGCUUAUUGCCAUGCCUGGGAUCGUGGAGAUCACGAUGAAUCUAGUGAUGAGGACUGUCCAGAGGGUCCACCCACCGUACCAUGUGAUGAAUAUUAUUAUAAUCUCUUCCAUUUCUAUGACUGGAAAUGUGCUGAACGCCAUAGUGCAGACAUGAUCUUUUUAAGGAGGAUAUCUUGCAGCUGUUGUCUUCUCCGAGGGCACUGUGAAACAUGCCUUGUUAAUAAUGAUGGGAUCUACAUUUAA